AUGAGUUUGAAGAUGAUAGCUUAUAUAUUAUUAUGGGAUUUGCAACGCUAUGUAUAUUAUCAGGAGUCAUCGCCUAUAACAUCUAUCUGGUCAGUUUUUACCAUGCUUGUCCUCUUUGUGGACUUUCUAUUGGAAAGUGCGGGGACAUCGGGUAUCGUCAGGUCCCAACCGAAUUAUCAUCUUUUUGUGUUUGUUUCACAUACAUUUCGAGCUGAAAAUUCAAAGUUGAUUAGCCUUUUGAUGGAAUCCGAGAAACGUCCUGCUAACAACGUUGAGAUAGAGAACGCUGAGAAAAGAGUUCAUGUCAACUCUCCAUCCAAUUCGAAUCAAAACACUGCUCUCAAUGUCAAAACCGAAGAAGAGCAGCUUGUUGUUGAUGCCAACUCCGUUGUGACUUUCCAUCAAGUAACAGUGCAGAAGAAUCCAGACGGUUCUUUAAAAAUGGUCCAGCUUUGCCCAGAUUUUCAUCCUGGAAUGUCACACCAGAUCUUUAAGGAUGAGAAAAUCGUGGGCGUUAAGAACCCAGAGAUAGACAUUUACUUCAAUCCACUUUCCUGCGACAUGUGCGUGCUUGCCAAAUGCGACUCCUCUGCCGAAGACAAAAAGAAACUGUCGCGCCGUGUUCGCAAGUGGACUCCUGAGAAUACAAACAUCAAUCGUCUGAACUUCAUGCCUCGGAUUCUCCCCAUCGAGGAAUCGUCGAAACCCCUCGGAAUCUGCCUCGAAACCUACACCUCGCAUUCCACCGACUUUUCUCUCUAUUUCGACACGCUCACCUCCCCCCGCUCCGUCCAAUUCUUCAAAAACGUCCAGUCGCUCAGCUAUUGGUUCAUCGACGGCGCCAGCGAAAUCGUGGUAACCGAGGAUUCCCCGCACCGCUGGCUCGUGCUCUCUCUCUACGCCUCCAUCGACCAGCGCCCCUGUCUGGCGGGGUUUUGCCUUCUCUACGUCUUCUCCAAUCCCUUCCAAUCGCCGCCGCAUUCGCUUCGUCUCUGCCAGAUUCUGAUUCUCCCGCCCUUUCAAAAGCAGGUUUUUGUUCCUUCGGGAGAGGAGCCCGAUAUGCUUCUCUGGCCGAUGCCUGCUAGCUACAAGAGUGGCGAUUCUGUGGUGGCCAUCGAUCCUCUGCACAUUCGUUUCACCUCGAACUAUCUGAGCGAGGAGCUGCGUCUGGCUACGGUUCGCUUCAAGGACACCAUAUUCCAACGUAAACUCGUGUCAACUCCCUCCACAGCGAUCAAUGAAGUGCACAUCGAGCUGAAGGAGAAGGAGGUUCCUUUCGAGGUCCGCUUCCCUGUUUCUGGCCUAAUCCGCAGAUCUCCAAGGAUGAGAGCUAUUCUCUGUCGGUUCCGGAGGACGGCUCGGCCAUCGAGAUCGAGGCGAACAAUCUUUAUGGCGCCUACCACGCGCUGA